AUGAGUACUCCGAAUAAAGUCUUCAGCUAUCACGUCAACGUGAUGGCUGGGGAUGCUUCGAUCCAUCUACGCGUUCAGGAUAACGGUGAUGGCGCGACUGGAGGAAGGUACACGGUGUUGAAUGCCGUGCUGAUAGAUGCCGGCCAUACCAUCUAUCAAUAUCACAAGUCCACGCUAUGGGAUACCAUUGUCCACAUACAGAACGAUCCCGAUCUCAACUUAGCGGCCACUGGCAAACCACUGAAAUUCGACGCCGUUGUCAUAACCCACUGGCAUCAAGAUCACUACAAAGGCUUAUAUACCUUGCUCUCAUCAAAUCUCAAAGCGGAUGCUGCCCGUGAUGCCUAUCCUUUCUUUCACUAUGACCUAGACAGCGGCGAACCAAAGACAGUUCUGUAUGCCCCGAGAUGGUAUGCCGAGAAGUUGCCUAUAGACGGAGAGCCGAAGAAGAAGAGAACAGUCAUCAACGGCCGUCCGUCUUGGCUGCCCAGGACACCAGACAAGCGUAGCAACUCCGGGACGUUGCAUUUCUCUCUAAAUGGUGAGGUAAAGUACAAGAAUAUCCUGCUCUGCAAGUUUGGCGAUUUGCGGGGUAUUGAUUUCUUCACGGGGUUAGUCUUCCUGUCUUUUUCGUCCUUCGUGGCGGCCUUGCAUGUUUGGAAAUUCCGCUGA